UACCGUCGCAAUGAGUAGUCGACUGCCCAAGCUGAUUGCAUUUGAUCUUGACUAUACGCUCUGGGAUUUUUGGAUAGAUACUCACAUAACACCGCCUCUCACUGCCAGCCCAACUUCUGGUGCUCUUACAGACGCGUAUGAUACUCCAAUCGAGUUCUAUCCAGAUGUACCUGCAAUUCUCCAUAGGCUGCGUGAUGCUGGCGUUGUUGUCGCUGCAUGCUCCAGGACGCAUGCACCAACAGUAGCUAGAGAGGCACUUUCGCUUAUCCAGAUACCGUCAAAGCCAGGCUCGGAUCCCGCAACCGUGAAAUCCGCGAUCUCUUAUUUUGGACAACUUGAAAUAUACCCCGGGUCGAAAUCAACUCAUUUCAAAGCACUUCACACUGCAACGAGUUUACCUUACUCAGAAAUGUUAUUCUUCGACGAUGAGAGUAGAAAUCGCGAAGUCGAGUCUUUAGGUGUAACGUUCAGCCUCGUUCAUUCUGGGCUUGAUCAGCGUACCUUUGAGCGUGGUCUAACAGAAUGGCGCAGAAGACACCUGCACGAAGUUGUUGAGGACGCUGAAGGCUAACUCCAAAGACAUCUGUAAUGACCAAGUUAAGCAAAUCUGAAACGUUUAGUGGGAGGGAAAAGUACAGUUCAUAUGUCAUAUACCCACAUAGAGUUUGUCAAAAUUUCUUCUAUAUCUCUCUCUAGCAUUAAAGUAUCUCAUCUCUCAUGAACAACAUAUCUUAGUUUCUAACCUUCACCUUUGUCCUUAUCGCUCCAGUAUUUACUCCCCGGCAACCC